AUGAAGGGAACGGAUGGCGCUUGUGACAGUGGCCGCCAGGAGUUGGCUCACAGCCACGCCGUGCCGUUGCUGAUGCUAAUUCCUACUAUUAUCUCCCAAAGCGGCACAGAAGCCACUCGGUCUACACCGAGCAAAACGGAGCAGCAAUUUCGGCGCCGGGUCGUUGAAGAUGCGCCCUUGUCUAUGUUGUUGCUCGCCUGGCAGGGCUUAGCAUGGGUAAACAACAAAGACGGACUACUUACUCCAUACUGCUCUUGUCUAAGCUCCAGGGCCGAGCAAUGGCCUGGCCUAUCAUCCGCCUCCAUCGCCGUCCACCUCAAACCCACCACCACGGCCAACAUCAGUUUCUGGUUGCCAGCACAAGCCCGUUUAGGCCUCCUGCUGCCGCCGGGUGCCGCAAACAAGAGCGCCAGCAUAUCUCUGUCAGACGCUCAAGACGGGCCCAUCGAAUCAUGUCGAGCUAGGCCAAAACUCUGUUGCCCUGCCUUUGACGCCGUGUCGCCCUCUGAAAUUAGCCCGUGGCAGCUUCAGACAGCAACGAGACAGGCACGGGACCCAAAGCGGAGGCCGUCACGAGUCCUCUUUUUGCGUGUUUUUGAGUUUGUCACAAAUCUUUUUCCCAGGUCGGCGAGUACUAAGAUGGAUAAGAUGGAUGCCAUUACCGCAUUAAUCAAGUACAAGUACUGCCUGAAUACGGAGUUCAUACUCGUGCGUGCCCAUCAACUUCAUCAAACUUCAAAUGAAUGA